CAGAGUGAGUGACUGACAGAAGCAGAAUAACAAAGCUGCUUUGAAAGUUUGUAGACUUCUCUACAGAUCUUCUAUACCAUUUGGAGCUGUGCUACUAAAGACCCUUUCAGGAAUGAAGUCAAUGUCACAUCUGGGAUUAGGUUGAGUAUUUACAGCAAGGAAUCACUGAGAGAGCAGAGACAGCUGUGGAACGUCCUUCUGUGUAGUUCAGUCUACACUUACAACAGCUCCUUUUCUGCUUCUUCCUUCUGGAGAGACUAACUGAAUAUUACACUCUAGUCAGCCUUGUUGAGUCUUGCCUGGGACUAAAGAGGAAGAACUCUGACACAUUCCUCAACGUUUUUUUUUUCUCUUCUGAAUCCUGAGGCACUAAGGAUAAAUCAGAUCAGUCCUCAAUCUGACUGUGUCUGUUUUGUUUUACAUUUCUCACCUGGAGUCUUCCUGCAUUUUGGAUUAUCAGAGCACAAACCCUCAUGGAGUCAAUCCAGAACCACCCGGUGGUUCAUGGGAGAGAGAUAACAGACUGAGGUGUAAAGUUCAAUAAUCCACAAGAGGCUCUGUUCAGAUGUGCCGGUUAUUUCCUUCACAGCCCAGAGUGUCUUUUGUGUGUCAGGAGCUCGAGGAACAAUGAACAAGGACCUACGAUUUUCGAGGAAAGGGGCGCCGACUGGUUUCGGACACGGUCGGAGACACUCGUGUUUGGGUUUUGAUGUGGAGAAUGGCCUGUCGGUGGGACGCAGUCCACUGGACUCUCAGACUAGCCCGGGUUCUGGUCUGGUACUUCAGGCCAACUUCCCCCACAGUCAGCGCCGUGAGUCCUUCCUCUACCGCUCCGACUCAGACUUCGACCUUUCUCCUAAAACCAUGUCCCGCAACUCGUCCACUGCCAGCGACCUGGAGGAGGGAUUGAAGCAUUGGGAAGUCAAUUGGCUACCUCGGCAUGGAGAAGACAUGAUAGUGACUCCGUUUGCACAGGUUCUUGCUAGUCUACGAACAGUGAGAAGUAACUUUGCUGUUCUGACCCAUCUGCAAGAUCGUGUGACAAACAAGCGGCCGUCGAGCAGCAACCAGCCAUCUAUGUGUAAACCAUGUCUCACAGAGGAGCCCUACCAGAAGCUGGCGGUGGAGACACUGGAAGAGCUGGACUGGUGUCUGGACCAGCUGGAGACGCUGCAGACGAGACACUCAGUCAGCGAGAUGGCAUCCAAUAAGUUCAAAAGGAUGCUGAACCGCGAGCUGACGCAGCUAUCAGAGACCAGCCGCUCAGGGAAUCAGGUGUCAGAGUUCAUCGCCAACACCUUCCUAGAGAAACAACAUGACGUGGAGAUCUUGUCUCCGCCUUCUAAGGAGAAGGAGAAGAAGAAAAGGCCGAUGUCACAGAUCAGUGGUGUGAAAAAGCCCACACAGAGCCCCAGCUUAGCACCCGCCUGCAUCCCCCGCUUUGGAGUCAGCACACCCCACGAGAGCCUACUUGGCAAGGAGGUCGAGGACAUUAAUCGUUGGGGUCUGGAUAUAUUCAAGAUAGCAGAAUACUCUGGAAACCGCCCUCUGACGGUGAUCAUGUACUCCGUCUUCCAGGAACGGGACCUUCUGAAAACUUUUAAGAUCCCAAGUGACACCUUCAUCACCUUAAUGAUGACCUUGGAGGACCACUACCAUGCGGACGUAGCUUAUCACAACAACAUUCAUGCAGCUGAUGUGGUGCAGUCCACCCACGUCCUCCUGUCCACCCCCGCUUUAGAGGCGGUGUUCACAGACCUGGAGAUCAUGGCUGUUCUGUUUGCUAGUGCCAUCCAUGAUGUCGACCACCCAGGAGUCACAAACCAGUUUCUAAUAAACACAAGUUCAGAGCUAGCACUUAUGUACAACGAUGCCUCGGUGCUGGAGAAUCACCACCUCGCUGUGGGCUUCAAACUGCUGCAAGAAGACAACUGUGACAUCUUCCAAAACCUCAGCAAGAAACAAAGAGACUCCCUCCGCAAGAUGGUGAUCGACAUGGUGCUUGCCACAGAUAUGUCCAAACACAUGAACUUCUUGGCGGACAUGAAAACAAUGGUGGAGACCAAGAAGGUGACUAGUUUGGGAGUCCUGCUGCUAGACAACUACUCUGACCGCAUCCAGGUUCUGCAGAACAUGGUCCACUGUGCCGACCUAAGCAACCCAACCAAACCACUGGAGCUUUACCGCCAGUGGACGGACCGCAUCAUGGUGGAGUUCUUCACCCAGGGAGACCGAGAACGGGACAAGGGCAUGGAGAUCAGUCCCAUGUGUGACAAACACAACGCCUCCAUAGAGAAGACCCAGGUGGGCUUUAUCGACUACGUAGUCCACCCUCUGUGGGAGACAUGGGCCGACUUGGUGCACCCGGACGCCCAGGACAUCCUGGACACGCUGGAGGACAACAGGGAGUGGUACCAGAGCAUGAUCCCCCGCAGCCCGUCGCCCUCCAGCCCCGAGGAGCACCAUGCGGAGGUGAUGCCAGGAGGAGCAGCUGUGGGAGCAGGAGGGGCCGUCCCUUCAGGAGGAGGAGGAGGAGGAGGAGGAGGAGGAGGAGGAGGAGGGGACAAGUUCCAGUUUGAACUCACUCUGGAGGAAGAGGAGGAGGAUGAGGAGGAGUUGGAUUCUGACCUGGAGAGUCCCCUUGAGGAGGAUUCCCACUCAGGUGGGGAGCGGCAGCGGGACUCCUCCUCCCCCUCUUUGUCCCCAGACCCCCGCAGCAGCAGCAGCAGGUACCGUCCCCCCUCGCCUCACCCGUCUCGGACCCUGAAUCUGGCUGCCAUGUCGGUGCGGAGCCCCCACAGGACGCUGGCCUCCCCGGGACGGGAGGGCGCCAACAGGGACAGAGAACUGAGCCAGGAGGGCGACGGGGUGGCGUGUCUGCGUAUGGGCACGUAACAACCAGCACAACCUGCCCCGCCUGAGAGACAUGAGCGCUGGAUGUGGAGAGACGGAGGCAGGGCAGGCCUUUACCAAUAAAGUCUGUAAAAUCACUACAGUCCCUUUACACUGGAGACACCCGCUCUGGAGAACAGAGGGACGUUUGCCUCUGUUUUAUUUUCUAUUUUAAAGAGAAGAAUCAUUUCAGCCACCUUUGGGUGCCUGAUCGGCCUUUAUGUCCCGUCCUGCUUUGUUGUAGCUUCAGUUCGGAGUGUCCCAGACAAAGACCGCUGCAUUUUAACUGGGAAGAAAAGUGAUACUCUAACAAGAACAAAAGGUAAAGGAAAUGUCUUCCUCCAAACAAAAACUUUUUGUGACAUUCAGACAUGAGAAUGAAGAUCAUGGUGGUCCGACAGGGUUUUGGAAAUUAUUUUGCACCAUAGUUUUAAUUUUAGGAUAUGAAAUUACUGAGUCCGGUGGGAAUAAGUGAGUAUGAUUUCUUUUUUUGAGAAUGAUGUGAGAGAUGAAUCAUUUUACCAAAUACAAGAUGUAGAUGAGAGAGAAGCGAUGGACCUAAACCUCAGGGUAUGAAGAGAAACAUAAAUCUAAUGUAGCACAGAUGUAGUGGGUACCCCUGACCUGACCCUCCACCCCAAACUGUCUUUCCUGUUUGAUUUACCUCCAAACCAGAGACAACUGAGACUUUGUUCGACCUGCGUGUCUCUACAUUUGAUUAAAACCCUUUAAUAGAAAAUUUGGCAACUGAAGCAAUCAAAUAAUAUAUAUUUAAACCAGCUUGUAGCACCACAGAGAUUGAACACUGAAGAAGACUGCGCCACAGUCUCACCUGUUGAAAGUGAAAAAAGACACCACCUGUAUAAUUAGUCUGGGCUUUAUUUUUUUACCUGAGAUGAUUUUAAAUGGUGUCAUUGUUUUAGGGUUUUGAACAGUUGUUUGUUGUACAGUUGCUGGUCUUGUCUGUGUUUAUGUGCUUGAAAAGCAUUUUUUAUCAGGGUGCCUCCGGUCCGCAGUAGCACUUUACCGUCUCUGCCCUUCAGCUCUUCUAUUCAGUCACACAAAGGGCUUCAUCCACUGUAGGCCUACUGAUCACACAGACACAGCACAGGACGUCUGACUCCAGGUACCAGUAGGCGGGGCAGGAACACGCACUGGUUGGUUGAUUCAGAAUUUCACGAACUAAUUUAGCCAACAACAACUUUGACAACCUUCUGGUGGUCUGAUAAUUUUGGAAUUGUAAGACUCCUUCUGUUUUAUGAGAAGCUUUAUUUGAGUUGAGCUGCAGCGAUUAGUUGUUUAUCAGUUAGUUGAUUAACAGAAAAUUAAUUGGCAACUAUUCUGACAUUCAAAUAAUCAUUUUGGCCAAGCAUUUGCUGGUUUUAUGCUUCAUAAAUGUGAGAAUUUGAUGCUUUUCUUUGUCAUAGAUGACAAUACACCAAAUAGCUUUGGAUUUAUGGGCUAAUGGUCGGAUAAAACAAACCAACUGAAGACAUCACCUUUGGCUCUUGGACAUUAGCCAAUGGCAGGCAGUGAUUUUGCCAGUCAGGACAUGCUCCUGGAUCAGCAUCCCUCAUGACAUUUCUAGACCAACAUUGCGAUCAACCAAUCACAGCCCUCUGACAUCAUCAGUGUGCUGCUCCUGUGCUUCUUUCAAAAUUCCUUUGUGCUUCUUCAGAGCAAACCUUGUUUUCCAAAUCGAAGUUAGUACAAUUGAACAAAAUCCUCAGUAACAUUGAAGAAAAACCUUGUAAGCUACUGCAGGGUUAGCGAGUUAGCUUGUUAAUUAGGUAGGCUAUGCUAAUGAGUAAACUUGACAACAGGCUAAAAUAUUGUUCAUUGACAUUAAAAGGAAAGAUAAAAGCAUUUUGCAGUUGCAAAGACCUGUAAAGGACACAUUUUCCCUCCUUUUAAAAAGCCUAUUCAAAACUUUUUGCAAGAUUGCCAUUAUGAUGAUGACGAUGGUCCUGGAUAAACUUAACCAAAUCUAUCCAGGAUCAACAUGGAAAAAAGGAGGGAAAAUAUGUGAACCACAAAAUACCAUUAUCGUUAUUCUUUGUUAGUCAACAGCUUACUUGGUAGCAUAGCCUACCUACUGAGCAAGCUAACUCACUAACAUUCAAGCCUAUUGGCAAGCUUACUUGUUAGUUUAGCCUACCUAGUUAGCAAGCUAACUCACUAGCCCUAGAAUAGCUUAAGGUUUUUGUUCAGUGUUGCUGAGGAUUUUAUUUAAUUGUAUUAACUUCACUUUGGGAAACUAGCUUAGCUCUGAAAAAGCAUAAAGGGAUAAUCUUGGCCCUGGAGUUCUAUGAGGGAAGUUGAUCUAGGAGCGUGUCCUCCUUGGCAAAAUCAUGGUGUGCUUUAAAGGUAGGUGUUUAGUUACUUUCUGACAUUUUAUUUACAAGAUGAUAAAUCAACAAAAUAACGGGCAGAUUAAUUGAUAAUGAAACAAAGCAUUAGUUACAGCCUUAGAAAAGAGCUCUGUGCAAACUGACUGCCCCUUUAUUACCAAAUACAGGUGCAACCAACAAAUUCACCUGGACUGCAUCUCUCUCUUUAAGGCAAACUUAAAACUGCAUUGUUCUCUGAAAACAUCUGAAGCUCGAUACUGGGAAUCUUCCUGACAAAAAACAGCAGCCUUUCUGAAUCUGAAAAGUCUUUUUCGGAGUCUUGAUGCCUCUGCUUUUGUAUCCACUACUCAGUGUUUUGGAACUUGAAUUGAUAAGUGGUCCCAGUUAUGCUCAUACAUAGCCUCACCUACAAAUUGAUAAAAGCCUGCUCUUCUUCCUAAAAGCUUUAAGGAUAUUGCAGGUGUACUUAUAUAUUUUUCCUGUUGUCAACAGAUCCCAUGAAAAGACCAAAACCGUCUCUCAAUAUAUUUACGACUUCUCAUUUCCAUCUGUGGUCUCAACCCAAAUAUUAUUGUUCCUCCAGGGAUGUAAAUCAUUUAAAAUGGGUCACAAAUAUAUUUAUUUUCAUUUUUUUAAAAGGGAAUUUUACUUUUUAGCAAACAUGACCCAAUCAGCAGUAAUUCACACAUUAACACACCUUAGUUGUAUGUUGGGUAAAUCCAAACCAGACUACAGUGCACGCGUUCAUAAUGAAGGAGUCUCUUAGUGCAAUAUUGUGGCUCACUGGUGUGUUUUUUUGCACAACAGUGGAGUUCUAUGGCACAGAUAAGCUGCUACACAGUCAGUAUUUAGUAGUUUGAUCAGUUCAUCGUGGGUUUUUGUCUUUUCAUGGGCUCAAUAAGGAAAAUAUGUAAUGGCACCACAUUUAUCCUUUAAUCGGGACCUGUCAUUAUUUCCUCACCUACAAGUUAAAAUUAUGUGAGCUAGAAAAGCACUUCAGUACUCAAACCUCAAGUGAAUGAUUGUUCCUUUUCUUGAACAUUUCACACAGAAGUUAAACAUUAGCCCGAGUUAAAGGCCUGUCUGCUAUUUUAAAUGUUUUCUGUAGGGAUCUUAUAAUUCCAAUCAGUCACCGUGGUGUUACUGUCCCGCCCUGCCGACAGGAUCUGAUGUAGAGAUCGGAAGGUGCUGACAGGAAUGAAUCGGAUCAAACAAACUAGAUUGUGUUCCAUCAGGUUAUCAGUCUUAUUUGAUAGAUCGACUGGGAUAACUGUGUGCCAUAAGUGUUUAAAACACACCAACACCUGCCAGCCUACGAUGCUGUACAUUUUUACACUAGAGAUUUUAACCUGAUGAUUGUAUCAAAGUCAUUGACUUUAUAGUGUUAGUUUUUACGAAUGAUACAUGUUAACAGUAUUUAAAGCAGACCGUUUAUUAGAUUUUUGUGCAGCUCACGAUCAGUUCGUUCAGCCCUUUCCUUAAUCAGAUAGCUGAGACUCGAGAAUGUGUGUGUAGUUUUCAGGAGUCCAUGUUCAGUCUAGAGCAGUGUUUGUCGCCAUCACUGAGGUAGAGAGACCAGGAAGCAAACGAGCACUACACGAAGAGAUGAUGCACUUCCUGGUCCGGCAGUCGUAGAAAACACUAGUCUAACAGUAUUUCAUUAACUCAGCUAGUAAGCUUUAUCGAUCAGCCUUACAUGUGAUGGGAGCGGCUGGAGCCUAGUGUUAAAGGACCAUUGUGCUGUUUUUAACAUGCCGAGCCUCAACGUGGUGUUUCAGCUACAUUUCUGGAAAACUAGAAGAAGCAAGGAGACUGCUCUCAAAGAAUCAGAGUACAUAUGAAUCUUAAAUUUCUUAUUACAGCAGCAAUAUUCUGCUUCUGUCCUUACACAUAUUCUAAAAGAAAAUAUCAAAAGAGAAAUCAAGCUACACAUAAAAAGAAUAAUGUCGUUUUCAUGUUUUGCUGGUUACACACUUUACUUAGCUUCCAGUGUCAAAACCCCUUAAAACUCCAUGAUGAAAAUGCCAGAGCGUUUGGAUGUUCUGAUUACUCACGGACCUCGCCUCAUCGACAGGCCAAAGUUUACACUUGCACACAAGAAAUGAAAGAAAAGGCUUUUUGUUUUCUGAUCCUUGUGGCUUUUUAUUUAAUAAAUCUUUUUUUGUUUGUUUGUUUUUAUACAUGAAAGACUUGCGCAGUAAUGAAGGUUGCAUCCUUUCUGAAAAGUUGCUCUGCAAUCAUCCACGUAGCUUCCUCUUCCUUUCCUAGUUUUGGGUCUUGGUACCAAAUGUAUCUAAUAUUUAAUAGUGUGCUCAGUAUAAACCUCAAGUCUGAGGUAUGCAGGUACAGUACCUGUUAAACGCUGGUUAAAAAGCACAUUUACUUUAACUGCAGUAGAUAAAGGAAACAGUUAGAAGUCAGCACUUUGUAUAAUAUUUUGAAAUAUGAAGCUGCUGUUAUUCAAAAAUGAUGAAGGACAAAGAAAACUAUUCUUCCUCUUUUAAAACCUCUGAUUCUGAAGAUUUAUGUGAAACUUCUGUCUUUAGGAAGUAUGUUCUUAAUACAGUUUAUAUCAUGGAAGUCAUCUAAAUUACAUUACAUGCCUCCCUCUGUGUGAUGGCUUUAACACAGCAGCUGUAUGUUAGCUCUCCUGCAACACAGGAACUGAUGAGUUUUAAUUUUUCCUGUUAGUAUUGAACACACUGAAGCAGUGACAGUCACCAUGGCUGAACAGGAAAACAAUGCACAACAUAAAGUCAAGUACAAAUCAAUCAUUUGAAGUCCUCAUUAUAAAAAUUCCUUCAUGUUGAAUGAAGAAAACAUGUCACAUUCAUGUGAAAAAAAUGCUUAACAUACAAAUCAGCACUGCAUUUUCAUCAUGUGGGAUUACUGUGGAUUUGAAACAUGUAAUGACACCUGAUUUCAGUUUCCAGUCAGCUGAAUGUAGCUCAGUUUGGAGGCAUUCACAUCGGCAUGUUAAAACACAGCAGCAUGGCCCCUUACAAGAAGACAUCGGUGCCAUACAGUGUUAAAUGUGUUGAUGAGCAGGAGAGUUGCUGCUCCUUCUCCGUUAUUGUGUCGCGCUGAUACUGCCACCAUUAAUGUUCAUGCCGUUUCCUCAGCCUCUGUGUCGUGCAAACUUCUAUAAGAUAUUUAUUCUCCAAACAUGUCUGUCCGGACAAAGUACUGUAACACAGGACUUUUGAGUUUAUGUUCUGGAGCCUAAAAAUCAAGUAUGCUUUACAAGUGUACGCCUGCCACUCCAAUGUUUUUGUCAAAGAAAAUAAAAACUAUAUUUUUGUUUCUCAUUCUAAGCCAAAAGACUCUCGGGAGUUCAGGGUGUUUCAAGUGGAAAAUGCCAAUAAAUAAUAUGGAAAUUUAA